AUGACAGCCACGACAGCAAAUACCAAUCGGGCUUUCGACCUGCACCCUUUCUCCACGAAUCCGCUCAAGACGCGUGACGAUGUUGUUGCCGCCGUAGGUUCACUGCUGGAUCCCCUCAUUCCUGGUUUCUCUCCAGACAAUGCUUUGAUCAAGGUAGGCUCCACAGGUACACGCUUUGAUGAGACAGGCGCUCAGGUUGAGGGUUUCGCACGCCCACUAUGGGGUCUCGCACCGCUGCUAGCUGGUGGCGGCAAGUAUCCAGCAACCGACAAGUUUGUUCAAGGCCUCAUUUCUGGUACGGAUCCUGAGAGCCCAGAGUUCUGGGGGUACAUGGAGGAUACAGAUCAGAGGAUGGUGGAGGCGUGCCCGAUUGGAUUCACGCUUGCUGUUGCGAAUAAACAGUUUUGGGAUCCAUUGACGGACAAGCAGAAGAAGAAUGUGGAGACGUGGUUAGGGAGUAUGAACGAUAAGAAGAUGCCGGAUACAAACUGGCUUUGGUUCCGCGUCUUCGCCAAUCUGGGACUCGAGAGGAAUGGGGCGAAGUGGUCAAAAGAGCAGCUAGAGAAGGAUAUCAAGCAGCUGAACACGUACUAUCGUGGUGAUGGCUGGUCCAACGAUGGACCUGACACAUAUCGCCAGAUGGACUACUACUCCGGAUCCUUUGCGAUCCAAUACCUGCAGCUCCUCUACUCUAAACUCGCCGCAGACAUUGACCCGGAGCAAGCCGAAGAGUACAAGAAGCGCGCACACAUGUACGCUCUUGACUUUGUCCAUUACUUUGACCCUGAAGGCCGCGCCAUCACCUUUGGUCGCUCGUUGACGUAUCGAUGGGCCAUGGUAGCCUUUUGGGGCGCCGUCGCCUACGCUGACCUCGAGCUUCCUGAACCUCUUUCCUGGGGCGUAGUUAAGGGAAUUUGGAUGCGCAAUUUACGUUGGUGGACAACGCAACACGACAUCUUCCAGUCCAACGGCAUGCUCACAGUGGGCUACUCGUACCCCAAUUACUACCUAGCCGAGAACUAUAACUCGCCGCAAAGCCCAUACUGGUGCAUGCUCGCCUUUGCUUGUCUCGCAGUCCCAGAAUCACAUCCCUUCUGGUCUGCUAAAGAAGAGCCACAUCCUUUUGCCAACACCCGCGUUGUGCGUUCGCUCCCUCAUCCACGUCAAAUCGUUUGCCGGUCCGGCGGCCACACCUUCCUCCUCUCGAGCGGUCAGUCUUGCCACUACGCUAUCAAGAACAGCAAUGCCAAGUACGGUAAGUUCGCCUACAGCGCCGCCUUUGCAUACUCUGUUUCCACUGGUUACCAGGAACUCGAACAAUUCGUGCCAGAGUCGCAACUCGCCUUCUCUGACGACGGAGGCGAGCUGUGGAAGAUGCGGAGGGCGCUUAACGGUGAUUCGCAGAUUGAGGAUCGCGAUGGAGUGCCUGUAUUGGUGUCGAGCAUGAAGCCAUGGAGCGAUGUGGAGAUAACAUCGUAUCUGAUCCCGCCAGCCGAGGAUACACCAAACUGGCAUCUGCGCGUCCAUCGUGUGGUUUCGGGUCGAGACGUCAAGAGCGCAGAAGGCGCAUGGGCUGUGUACGGCGCACGCGAGUCUGACGGUCGCCUCCUCACUGAAUGGAACGGUACACUGCGUAAAUUAGAUACUUCAGUCCCCGAAGGCGCCGCCUCAGACCAUGCAUCCGCCUUCGCAGCCUCGCCUCGUACAGGCGCAAUCGGCAUCACGGAUAUCUACCAGAGCCAACGACAGGGUAGUGUAAUCCUGGCUGAUGCGAACAGCAAUCUUGUCGAGAGUAGGACGGUGCUGCCCAUUGUGCAAAAGGACAUUAAGAAAGGGGAAACUGCGUGGUUGGUUACGGCGGUGUUUGCUAUGCCUGCCAGUAAGGAAGGGUGGAGGGAGGGGUGGAAAGAGGGGUGGGAGAAGAGACCAAGUGUGCCUGGGUGGGUGAAGACCCCAAUCCCCGACAAGUCCCGCCCGCCCUCACCUCUGCGCAUUGCUAACCAGCUCACGACCGCCUCGGCCAUCCUCUGGGACCCCAAGUUUACCUCGCGAGCGCCCCCGGGCAGUCUCAAGCCAGUCCACGCCGGCACUCUUGUAGCCCCGCAGCGCACCGACUCGUCCAUCAGCGUCCGCAACCUCGGCGACGGCCACACUGUGCCCAUCGUACCUACCAUGGACAACAGAAGACACCCCAGCUCCUUCCAGCAGCUGGAGAAGCUUGGCGAGGGAACAUAUGCUACUGUGUUCAAGGGCCGCAACCGCCAGACGGGCGAGCUGGUAGCCCUGAAAGAGAUACACCUUGACUCGGAGGAAGGCACGCCCUCGACCGCUAUCCGCGAGAUCUCGCUCAUGAAGGAGCUGCGACACGAGAACAUUGUCCUGCUACACGAUGUCAUACAUACCGAGAACAAGCUCAUGCUGGUCUUCGAAUUCAUGGACAAGGAUCUCAAGAGGUAUAUGGACUCGCGGGGUGACCGCGGUGCUCUGGACCCUGCAACCAUCAAGUCCUUCAUGUACCAGUUGCUGAAAGGAAUCGCUUUUUGCCACGAGGCCCGCGUCCUCCACCGUGAUCUGAAGCCCCAGAACCUCCUGAUCAACAACCGCGGCCAGCUGAAGUUGGCCGACUUCGGUCUCGCUCGCGCUUUUGGCAUCCCCGUAAAUACCUUCUCAAAUGAAGUCGUAACUCUAUGGUACCGUGCCCCUGACGUCCUGCUCGGCAGCAGAACCUACAACACAAGUAUCGAUAUCUGGUCGGCAGGCUGCAUCAUGGCCGAGAUGUACACUGGGCGGCCGCUCUUUCCAGGAACCACCAACGAGGACCAGGUUCAGAAGAUCUUCAGGCUUAUGGGCACACCAUCUGAACGAUCAUGGCCGGGCAUCUCGCAGUUGCCAGAGUACAAGAACAACUUUCCUGUUUACCACACCCAGGACCUACGCCUUAUACUGCCACAAGUCGACCAGGUCGGUCUCAGCCUCCUCAACUGUAUGCUCCAGUUGCGGCCAGAGAUGCGCAUAUCCGCCGCGAACGCACUUCAGCACCCCUGGUUCAAUGACCUGCCACAGAGGCAGCAGGAAAUGGCGCAGAUGCAAGCUCAGGCCCAGGCUCAGGCCCAGCAACCGCAGAUGGGUGGCUACCAAGUACCUCAGAACGCCUACUAG